CACAGGGGCUGGCAGAGGAUGGCGCAGAAUCACCGGAGGCGGGCGAGGGGGUCGGAGAGGGUCUGUGCUGGGUUCGGGUCCAACCAAAUAAAGAUAACGGGAAGACAAGGCGGGAGGGACACCUGCCGUGCACGUCGGGGAGCCUGUGGGCCCCGUGAGGUCGGGGAAACUAAGGCUCAGGGGCAGGAUCGGAAGCCGGUUUGACUUACACGCGGGGGUAGCUUAACUGCUGUGGUCUUAACAGAUGGUUGUGGAAGCCCUGUCCGCGCGGGGCCCUCUCUGGGCACUGGCGAGGCUUCCUCCGGUAGAGCCCCUGGCCUGUAGGAAGUCACUCUCUAGUGGGGGAAGGGGUGGAUGAUUGCUCGCAGGAUUGCCUAGCAGAUACCCCAUACUACUAGUACAAAAGGUGUGCCAGGGUCUGUUAAAUGCCGGAACCCCAGCUGUGAACAGGUCCACUCCCACCCAUACUACGUGUGCAGCAUGCACACAAUACAUAGACGGAGGGUGAUCAUAUGCCGUCAUGGUUAGAGUGACCUUUUGGGAUGCCUGCCCUGUGCCAGAACUGAGCUGGGACUGGAGACUGAAGGGUGAAUGAGACCCACGCUGACCCAGCAGGGCCCACAGCCUGCUGGGGGAGCAAACAGACAAUUACAGAAUAGGGUUCAGGCAUUUCACAUAUUACUAUGUGUCACCUUUUAUUAUUUUAAUUAUUUCUCAUGUUUUUGUAAUUUUCCAAAGGAAAGGCCCUGCCCUUUUCUUUUGCAAUGACUCCUCCCCUUACCAGUUAGCCCAUUGCUUUAUUAGGGGGAAUCACUGUUAUGGGAUAAUUGACUCCAGAGCAGGGGCCACAGUGUUACAUUUCUGGUGUCCCACAGGGUAUCCUGCGCAGGGCUGGGGAUAUUCCAGGCCCUCUGGGCUGUUAGUGAAAGUGAUACAUGUGGUGACCUUGUAGUAAUUGUUCCAGUUUGGGGAAAAAACCCAAAUGGUAUGGGUACUCUUUAGAUUUCUAAAGGAGGGUCAUCUGCCUGAGACAGCGCUCAAAGAGUGUUUCCUGGGGGAGGUCGAAUCUAAGCUAGACCUGAGGGAGAGCAGAGGAGGUAGGCAGGUAUGUUGGGGCCAGGGAAGAACAGUCCUUGAGCCACUUUUUGGAUUCAGAGUGAGGAAUGACAGGAGAUGAGGCCAACAUGGUCGUCUAAUUAUUAAGCCCACACUAAUAAAGGGGAUUGCAGUCAGUAAUCCAAAAUAAUAGCUGUCUUAUAGAUCACUUAGUUUUAAGGCAAGCUUACCUGACUUACGGCAAGAAUAAGCGAAUCAUAGUUAUAUCAAGACUGAAUAGACUGAGAGGACAGUUUCUCUACAUCAGCAGAACCUGAGUCCCCAAGCAGGGACUCUAGGAGGGCUUGGUUACAAGGCUUGGGUUGUAUUUGGCUCCCCUACCGCUUCAAGGUUAGUAUAACUGGAUUAAAUAGUAGGGCUAUGUUUAAUUUACUGUGAACUUUAAUAAUUGUUUGUGAGUAUGUGAUGGCACAUGCCUGUAAUCCCAGCUACUCAGGAGGCUGAGGCAGGAGAAUCGAGUGAACCUGGGAGGCAGAGGUGGAGGUUGCAGUAAGCCGAAAUCACACCGUUGCACUCCAGCCUGGGCAACGAGAGCGAAACUCCAUCUCAAAAAAAAAAAAACAAACUUACUACAUUUUUCAAUGUAGAGACCAAAAAACCUCUCAAUCUGGUCUGGCAUAGUCAUGAACUCCGGUGUGGGGAGCUGAGCGUGUAACUGGAGCAGGCUUUCAGCAUGGGCUGUGGAAUUCCUUUUUUUGUUAUUAAGUGGGACUCUUUUGUUGCAGUAGGUGUCUCCAAACAGGAUAUUCGUGAGCAAAUUUGGGACCACAUGGAAUCACAAAAUUUAGCUGAUUUUCCCCGACCUGUUCAUCACAGGAUUCCCAACUUUAAGGGGUCUUAUCUGGCUUGCCAAAACAUCAAAGACCUAGACGUUUUUGCCAGAACACAGGAAGUUAAAGUGGACCCUGAUAAACCACUGGAAGGCGUUCGGCUGCUGGCGCUGCAGAGCAAAAAAACAUUGUUGGUUCCAACACCACGACUGAGAACGGGGUUGUUUAAUAAGAUCACACCACCCCCUGGGGCAACUAAAGACAUCUUGAGAAAAUGUGCCACCUCUCAGGGUGUGAGGAGCUACAGUGUCCCCAUUGGCUUGGAUUCCAGGGUCCUUGUGGAUUUAGUUGUGGUGGGAUCCGUCGCCGUUUCUGAAAAAGGCUGGAGAAUCGGGAAGGGAGAAGGCUACGCCGAUCUGGAAUAUGCCAUGAUGGUAUCCAUGGGUGCCGUCAGCAAGGAGACGCCGGUGGUCACCAUCGUCCACGACUGCCAGGUCGUGGACAUCCCUGAAGAGCUCCUUGAGGAGCACGACAUCACCGUUGACUACAUCCUCACUCCAACCAGAGUCAUCGCCACAGGCUGCGAGCGCCCACAGCCAAUGGGAAUCACCUGGUCCAAGAUCAGCCGGGAGAUGAUGGAGAAAAUCCCAGUAUUGAGGAGCCUCCGUGCCCGAGAGCAGCAGGCUGGGAAGGACGUCACCCUCCAGGGUGAGCACCAGCACCUUCCGGAACCAGGCCGCCAGCAGGCAGUGCCCCUGAGUGCUGGCAGAAGGCCCCCGGACACACCCGGGCCAGAAGCCAAUUCCAUGGAGGCAGCCCGUGGCUCCCCACCAGGGGAGGGUGCCCUGCUUGCAGCCGACGUUUAUGUUGGGAACCUCCCCCGGGACGCCCGUGUGAGUGACCUGAAGAGAGCCCUGCGUGAACUCGGCUCCGUGCCCCUGCAGCUCACCUGGCAGGGCCCACGGCGCAGAGCCUUCCUCCAUUACCCAGACUCAGCCACAGCCCAGCAGGCCAUCUCCUGCUUGCAGGGCCUGCGCCUGGGCACCGACACCCUGAGGGUGGCGCUGGCCAGGCAGCAGAGGGACAAGUGACCUUGUGGAGAGCCACAGAGCUCACUGCAGACUCACCAUCCCCAUCCCCUGCUGCUCCGGUUCCCAUGGCACUCGAGAGGCCUGCGUGGCAAGACGUGGCAGAGCCACCGCGUGAGCUGCUCGGGUCUCAGUUCUUUCCAGAAGUCACCACUCAGUGAACGCCCAGGGCCUCCUGUGAGUGGGGAAACGAGCCCACAGUCCAUCUCACAGCACACAGAGACUUCAGCCUCCCGUUCGUGCAGGCUCAGGCCUUGAGCCAGUUUGUGUUUCUCUGGAGGGACAGAGCAGAGGGGCCGGGGACUGAGUGAGUGGCGAAGCAGGGGUGGGUGAUGUGAAGAUGGUCUCGGGUUUGCCCGGGGUGGGCUGAACGGGAGAAGAUGGACAAAGGAUCCGGCCCUUAAGAGGCCCUGGCCGGGACUGCAUGCCGGGUACAGAGAGCGCCCUUGGACUUCAGGGUCCUGAGCUGGCAGCAUGGCAGAGAGAGCUCCAUCCACGUCACAGGAGCCCAGGGAGCUCAGCCCCUGGGUAAAAAGUGCUCACUGCAGCUCAGAUCAGUCCUCAGGUGACACUUCGGGGAGCCAGCGUCCCUUCUUCCCCUCCCCAGCCCACUCCUCCCUCUCUGCAGACACACACUCCGGGCCCUCAGCCAGCUGGCUGCACGGGGAGCAACUUGGUGUUGUGGGAGAGACCGGCUCUGGGAGAACGGGUUUCAUCCCAGCCUACGUCACAUUUGCCUAGUGCCUUACGUUUUCUGGUUUUUUCCCUCCAGUUCUGUUUCUAAAAACCAGCUGGAGUUUGGCUGAACUGUCCUUUCUCAACAGAAGCGCUUUUGCAAUUGAUCCCGGGCAACAAGUCAAAAUAAGCUUUUAAGUGGAGAUUUUGUUUUUUUCAAAUGUAUAUGCUUUGGAAAUUUUGAUUUUUUAGCCAGAGGGUUUUACCAAGUGUUAUUUUAAGCACAUUAUUAUGCCUCAAGAGGGCAGCCCUUGCACGCACUUUAAAGAAAAUGUUUUCAGGACACUCAGUCUUCUCUUUGAAAGGGCAUUUUCUCACUGGUUUUCCCGUGAAAAUCCCGUGGAGACUUUGGAAAGAAAACGCGGCCUUAGAUUUGCUCAUUAAAGACUGAUUUACUUCCCAAGUCGCCAUGAAUAAAAUGGGGGAGUAGAAACGUCUGGAAGCACCACACCUGGCCCUGGGCCCUGGGCCCACUGUGUCCUUGGCCUCCCCCCAACCCGCACGGCUGGUCACAUUUGUCACUGGGCAUUCAGCUCAGUGUCAGAGGCCGACUCAGCCCCCAGUUCAGAGUAGUCACCUGGUUACACUGAAGUCCUCACCUUCUUUUCUCUCUUUUUUUAAAGAACACUUCUCUUUUUGAAAGAUUCUCAUUUGUUUUUUUGUUUACCUUUUUUCUGUGGAUUUGCUGCCGUUCGAAUAGCAACUCGAGGAGAAGAGCAAGUGAGUCAUCCCUGCCUUGUCUACUCCCUGUCCGGCCAGCAGUGGGCACAGCCCUGCAGACAGGAGCAAGGACUUCUGGGAAGAGACCCACUGGAGCCGGGAGAGGGAGAAGCUGGAUUCUGACCCCACCACUGAAACUCCUGUGUCCAGCCAUGCCUGAUGGCCACCCCACCCUCAGACGGUGGGAUUAAACCCGUCAGUACAGGCUCUCUCAGGGAAGCCAGACUGCUGGGGCUUCCUGACACUUUAGCCAGAAUAAUCCAGGUGUAUGGAUACACAGAUAAUCUGAAGGAGUUUCUCAUUUUUAUAUUUGUGGAACAUCGUGUAAGAAAAACUGAAGAGCAAGCGCGUGAAAUAAAAUCCCCCACAUGUAUCAGCCUGCACACCUUUGACUGCCCUGUCCUUUGCAGGGAGACCUGUGGGGACAGUUCGCAAGGACUGUGGUGACAGGUGGUAGUGAGGCAGGUACUCAGCUACCCAACUCCUUGUUCCCACGGCUGUUGCGUGCUCAUCAGCAUCGGGAUUGUGUCACUCGCAUGUGAUAAGGGGAGAAUGAAUGGAAGACAGUCACUUGACAAGUGCUGAGACCAUCCCUUUUGUUUUUAUAUCUAUUAUUAUUUUUUGAGACACGGUCUCACUCUGUCACCCAGGCUGGAGUGCAGUGGCAUGAUCACUGCUCACUGCAACCUUGAACCUCCAGGCUCAAACCAUUCUCCCGCCUCAGCCUCCAAGUAGCUAGGAUGAUACAAUUGAAUAAACAGAAAACAGAUCAACGUGGGGCCUUUGAGGGACUCAAAGUGAAGGAACCACAUCGUCAAAAAGCUUCACUGCAGGAAUCGAGAAAAUCUCAGGCACCAUCCGCUCCUUAGUCCUGAGACAUUUGAUAACGGUUUUGCACGAGAAAAAGUUGUGUCGAUGAAGUGUCCUCGAAACUUUAUUAAGAAAAAUGUUUUUUAAAAAGGAAAA